ACCACUCUAGUACCGUGUUUUCAACGCGGAGUAUCCUGUGUCACAGGAAGGUACGCCGGCUUGUGUGUUGUUUGUGUUCUUUGACCGUGUUCCGGAGAGGUAGAGUUUCUCUCCCUUUCAUGUGCGCGCGUGAGUGUGUGAGCGACACAAGAGUCUAGAACAGUAGAAGCGAAAGCUGGAGUGGUGAUCUUGCUAGCGUUCGUGCAGGUUCCGAAAACUGACAUUGCCAGUUUAGUUGCAUUUGGCAGCUUGUUCGCUAGCUGUGUGUCAAAUUGAUUUGGGAACAUCGUAUCGUUGCUGGCGGAAUUUGUGCGUUUCGUUCUGUGUCUGCUGUUGGCCCCCGCCUGAAGGGGAGCCAUGGAGUCGCACUCUCUCACGACUUAGGCUAGAGUGGGCACUGCUUCUGGCGAGCGUUUAUCGCUCGCUGGAGAGAGAGGCUUUGGGCGAGAGCCCGCGCUGUUUGCGCUGGUGUGUGUGCUCAACAUUUGAGCUUCGUUCGCUGCACUAGCUGAGCAGGAUGGCCAGUUACGAUGCUCGCCGUCGGCGCUCUUGGCUGGAUCGCGACGAGGCAGAUGGAGACCCGACGGAGCAAGGAGCCAUCUCUCCCUCGGCGUCGUUCGCUGGCGCAGCAGGUGGAGGAGAUAGCCCGCUACCGACGGAAAGUCUAGAGGCGGAAGACUUGGAGGCGCAGCUGCGACAGAGGAUUGCGCUGCUAACGGGUGGUCGAGAUCGUCGUGGUGGCGCUAUAAUCACGUUACCUUGUCCAUCGGAGGGAGUUAGCGUGGCUGCGCUCAGUAAGGACGAGCUGAAAUACCUGUUGACGUACUUGGUUCAUAUCCCUAGCCUGGACACGCAGGAACUGGGUUUCAGCUUCGUCGUGGACAUGCGCCAGUCGUCAGCCUCCUGGAGUAACAUCAAGCUGGUCUUGCAGGUUCUCCAGCGCUAUUUCAGAGGUCUGGUGGAUGCGGUGUACGUGGUGCAGCCCACCAAGUUCCUGCAGAAGCACAGCACCGGUGUCAGUCUGCGGCGAGAGACAAAAGAUAUCGACUUUGAGGUGGUCUACCUGUCGUCCACAGGCAAGCUUGAGAAGUACAUGGAGAUGUCACAGAUGACCACGGACCUGGGUGGUGUUCUGCCGUACAACCAUGACGAGUGGAUCUCAAUGAGAAUGAAGCUGGAACGCUUCCUGAACAACAGCUACGAGAUCAUUGCCCGUCUUGACGAGCUGUUCGACUUGAUGAGUCAGAGCCGUGUGGCCGAUGACCUGUCGGCGGCCGAGACAAUGCUACGCCGUCAUCAGAAGCAGCACGAUGACAUCAGCGAGACGCCUGCCGGAGUGUUGAAUCAAGGUGAUCACCUGCUGCAGUCCUUACAGACGGCCGGUCAUCAGAAGCGUUCCGACGGCAGCGCCAUCGUCACACAGGACACACUGCAGGCCAUGGCCCGCGUCAAGAGCCAACUGGAGGCGCUACGCAGCAAGCAGCGUUCACUGCAGUCACUCUGGUCCGAGCGCCAGGGCAAGCUACAGCAGUGCGUGUCGCUGCUGCGCCUCAACACUAUGUCCACGGAUAUCCAGAACACAAUCUCCGAGCUGGGCAGGGCACAUCUCUACGGCGUUCAGACCUUCGGCGGCGACCUGGCCGAAGCGGAGAGGCUGCGGGAGUCUCACGAGGUCUUCACCAAGAGUGCCAUGGAGGUGCGGUCGGACUAUGAGGAGCUGCGUAGGCGUGCCGGGCAGCUGCUCGCCACUAGCCACUAUGCCACCUCCACCAUCAACACCCUCCUGGACGAUCUGGCUGUCAAGGUUGGAGCGUUCAUAGGCCGUCUUGGACAGCGCGGUACGCUGCUCAUCGAGUCCAUUGCAUUCCAGCGUAGUGUCCAGGAGCACAUAAAGGCGAUGGAAGAUGUGAAUGACUUCUGUGAUGACGAGGUGGCGCUGCCCACUGAUGUCGACGAGGCUACUAAGCGACUCACCGACCUGACGGAGUUCUGUCUUGUGGAGAAGAAAAACUUUUCGACCAUGUCGGACUGUUACGCCGCUGUCGUCAAGGCGAUCGACGACAUCAUGAUUCCCGACACAGUGGGUACGCUGGAAAGCAGCUCUCAGGUAGCUGACUACUCGGCUGCACUCAACAACUCCAAUCUUGUCAUCCAGCGCAUCGAGACCAGCAAGCAGAGGGAGACCAGAGAGGGAGCAUCACGCUAUCAACUCACCCUGGAGCAAUGCCAGCAGGUCUUCACCAGUGAGAGUGGAGUGAGCAAGAUCCUGCAGUGGCUACAGGAAGUGUACCUGUCUCUGCUUACGCACCAGGAUAACAUUGGAUCUGGCAUUGAGGCCGUCCGGGAAAUGCAGAUUGAACACCAGGAGUUCUCCGGCAAGGCGGAGAAGUCGCACGCUCUCGGCCUGCAGCUGUGUGAGACUGGCAAGACGCUGCGUCAGCAGCUGGGCCUGACACUGGACGACAACGAGAAGAUGACCAUGCUGCUCACCACGCAAUGGAAACUCAGCUGGGCUGGCCUGCAGGAGAAAGGACAUUGUCUGAGCGUGGCUGUGCUCUUCCAUCGCAACUCUGACGAGCUCACCAUCAAGCUUACUCGCCUCGAAACUGACCUCAAGGACGAUGCAAAGUUCCAGAAGCUAAAGACGUCCGCGGCCAUCCAAGAUCAGCUGGACAAGAAGCUAAGACAGGUUGGGUUAGUGAUGGACGCUCAUCGAGAGACAGUGGAGGCUGGCCGCACGCUGAUCCGCCAGAUGUCGGAGCAGGCCCAGCAUCAUCGCUCGCUGGCCAUCAAGGCGGACAUUGUGGACGGCUCCACCAGCUUUGACGACGUGGAGGCGGAGAUUGCAGCCGCGCAGGGCGGACUGCAGUCUGUCAUUUCCAAGUUGAAUACGCUGCGCGACAAAUGCGAGUUGGCAUGGAAACGACGUGAAGAGCAGCUGCAACAAGGAAUAAUCCUCCGGCAAUACGAGGAAACCAUUGACGGCACCCUCACAUGGCUGUCGUGUGAGGCCAACGUGUUUCUCGCCACUCACAUUGAGGCGGGCGAUCGACUGGAGCAAGUGGAACGCCUCGACGAACAGCACAGGAAGUUUGGAGAAGGAGUUGAGUACCGCGACAAGUCGGUCACCGCCAUAUUAGGACAAGCGCACAGCCUGGCGGGAGACAACCCGCUCUUCUCGUCCGACUUCACACGACUCUCUGAGACGCUGCAGAACCGCUGGAGUGACUUCAAGGACCGCGUCCGCCAGAGGAAGACUUUCCUGUCACUGGCUACGGCCUUCUACCGACAAUCUCAGAAGUAUCUUGCACAGCUGGCCGCUCUGACGUCGUCGUUCCAGUCGGUGGAGAUGUCCAACGACUCGGACGGUAUGCAGACCCAGCUUGAACAGCACGACCAGAUGUGCCUGGCCAUCCUCUUCACAGGCUCAAAGACACUGACGAACGAUUCCCAGAAGGUUGUGGAAAAGUUCACAGCUGCCAUGGAGUUGGCAGAAGAGGACGGGGGAAUGGCAGCAGAGCAGCGUCUCUGGUCUGCAUUGUCGUCCGCUGCCAACCAUCUGCUCCAGUUUGUACAGGAAAAAGUCACGCAUGCGGUUAACAAGGCAGCGGAGCGUCGCAACACCCUGGAGCAGGUGCUGAGCUUGCGGCAGUUUGAAGCGGAGACGCGGGAGACCAUCUCGUGGCUGGAGCUGUACGCACCACGCUAUCUGCCAUUGCAGCUGGAUCAGUGCGAGACACUCGAUGGGAUCAAGGCUUUGCAAAAAGAGCAUUCGUCUGCCGAGGAAGAGUCACGCAGCGUGGUUGACAAGACGGCACAGCUGAUCAGCAAUGCGCGCGACAUGAAGGAUACCGGCCAUUAUGCCACCGAGCAAAUCAGCAGCAUGUGCUUGCAUGUGCAGCAACGAGUUGUGUCGUUUGGUCAGCAAAUGGAGCGUCGUGGACAGUUGCUGGAGGGCCUGGAGGGCUAUCACAACUCGCGUCUUGCCACACUCGACGUGUUGGUAUCCGUCGAGAAACGCCUGUGCGAGAUUGAGCUUGGUCGAGACUGGCCAUCCACACAGAAGCAGCUGACCAAGUUAGACACCGUGCACACGACAUUGAAGGACCUAGCCGAGGGCUCGCUGGCUGAAAUGACAUCGCGCCUAAUGGAGGUGGAGUUCCUGGUUGGGUCGCUGAUGAGAGAGACAUUGCCCGCACGCCGUCGAUCCUCACAGACGCCCACAAGCCCCGGGGGCGUCUCCACGACGACGACGGCGGCGCUCACGUCCAACAUAGGGUCUCUGUACCCGCUGCUGGUAGCUGGCGCCGACAAGGUGAGCGAGGAGUACCAUGCUUUGCUGGCACAGCGCACCGAGCGUCAGAACUCUCUCAACCAGUGCCUGGCGCUGCACAUCUUCAGAGAGAAUGUCGACCAGGUUGUCGAUUGGCUGGAGCAGACGGCUUCGUCGUUCUUCCGCUCGCACAUCGCCAUGGGGCAGACCCUAGUCGAGGUGCAGCCGGUGAUGGUCAACCACCAGGAGUUCCGCAAGAGCACACAGACUAUCCGCGUCAAGGUGGAGCAGCUUCACCAGUCGGCCUCGUCGCAGGCUCGCUCGGGCCAUUACGCCGCCGACGUGUUCCUGUCGGAGAGCGAGCGCGUGCAGGAGCUGUGGAGAUUGUUCGUAGAAGGCCUGGAGCAGCGACAACAUUUGCUGCUGUUGCACGCCAGCGCGCACACGAGUGCCUGCGAACUGGAGGAGCACUUGAAAGGUUUCUCUGCCCACUUGACCAUGCUUGACACAGCGGACAUGAGCGACUACACCACCGUCGAUGUCAAGAAGGCACUGGAAGCGUGCCAGAAGAAACGCGACGUGGUCAACGCAGCAGUUGCCAGACUGAAGGUGGAGGCAGAGCGGUUUGAAGAGAGCGUAUCACGGUAUCAGCGAACUAUCGUCACAACAACAACCACAACAGCCGCUCCCAACCCCGCUCAGAUCUCAUCGUCGUUGGAGUCGUCGGCUAGUGACCACGGAGACACUCGCACUAUCAGCUUACCGUCGCUGGAUGUGGAGACGGCAGUGACAUGUAAUCAAGAGAUGUUGAGCGUGUCGUGUGCCGCUGUGGAUGCUGAGAUUGAGAGGUGGGAUGCGCAAGUCUCUCGCCUACACAAGCGCCUGGCGCAGGCCGAGUUCGAGCCGCGCUGCAAGACGGCGCUCUCCUGGAUGAAGGCGACGGGACGGGCGUACUUUGAGAGGAACAAGACCUACGGAGACCUGCUCAUGGAGGUGUCCGACGAGCGGCAGAAGUUCCGUGCGUUCCAGGCUGAGUAUCGCCGUGAGACCGGCGGUGUACCUGCUCUCCUUGCUGCAGGUGAGGAUAUGAAUGGCAUUCGUGCUGAUGAUCGAGCCAUUGUUCAGCAACUGGUCCAGGAGCUACAGCAACUGGAUAUGGACUUGAAGGUUCUGUGUGAGGAGCGGGAGAAACUGCUUGAUGAGUGCUACGACUAUUACAGCGAAUGGGAGUCUAUGACGCAGAGCCUGUCGACCCGUCGCACCGGCAUUAGCACCUCUCACAUUCCCGUCGGUCUUAAGGACGCCCGUGCUGCCUUGGACAGCCUCGUCGCCACGGAGAAGCAACUUGACGAGAUGAUUUCGCCACUUAACACGCACGGCCACGCUCUGAUCGCAACUCUCCGCGACCAGCCCAAGCGUCUGUCCGCGUCGCGCGCCACCCAUCUGGACUCGCUGCUAUCGCGACCGCGCGACCGAGCACUCCGUGCCGUUCAGCGCUCUCUGGACGAGGCGGUGUCACAUCGGCAAACAUCUCAGCGCGUCGUAGAGGUGCGCCGCUCUCGACUGGCGCAGGUGCUGGAGAUAUACGAUCUCCAGGACAUUGGCCGCCAGCUACAGGCCGAGAUCAAAAUGUACACCGAUUGCCUAGGCAACGAACCGAACGGCAUCGGUGAAGACAUUGACAGUGCCGAAGCCAUGAUGUCAUCCAUUCAGGAACUGGAGGGAGAGGAGAUGGCGUUGGCAUCGCGGAUAUCCGACUUCAACAGCCGUGUUCAGCUGAUGCUCGAGUCACAGCCGCAGUCUGGUCGAGAUCUACGUCCGUUACGCGCCGCCGUCGGUUCCCAGUGGGCUGCCGUGGCGCCUCGCCGUGCUGCCCGUCAGCAGUUUCUGGAGAAGUGCAGCACGCUGCAUGUGCUCGUGGAGCAGUCGUCAGAGUGGUGUGUUGAUGCCGCUCAUGUCAUGGCACGGCUGCAGGCGGGCAAGGAAGCGGCGGAAACUGCUGACGACGUCCAGAGCUUGUUUGACUUGCUGCACGGAUACUUUCAACGAACACAGUCUGAACAGAAGGAUCGUCUACAGUCAGUUCUCCAUCUGACGGAGGAAAUGAAUAACGAGCAGGCUCGGCUUUUGUUCGACAAGCUUGUUGUCGAAACUAAGAUGAUUAUGAACGCCUAUGGGCACGAACAUGACAGCCUUCUCGAAGUAGCUAAUGCUAUAUGCGGCUACGUGGACGUGGAGUCUGACGACUCGUCUUCGGGAGAGGACGAGGGCUGUAACGUGCUCGGUGCAUCACGCUCUGCCAUCUCUCUGGAUGGUUCUCAGGUGUUCACACCAACAGCAGCCGGGACGGCAAUGCGGGGCGGCGGAGAUGGCGACGAUGACUCUAUGGAAUCGUGUUAUCAGAUGCCGCGCAAGCAGCCGUCCACGCUGAGCAUACCCGGCCGGGACGAGUCGUUCACGUCGGACGUCGAGACCGGCGUGGAUGAGGCGGACGUGUUCGGGCAUGGCGGAGGCGGAAAGCAGGGAAUGCAGAAGAUGAAGUAUGCCGUGCAGGAGCUGGUCGAGACGGAGCGACAGUACGUCAAAAAUCUCACCGUGCUGGUGGAGGGCUUUCUGCCGCACAUGAAGUCCGACUUCUUGCCCAGCAUCCUGGUCGGCUCGGAGAAGGAGAUCUUCUCGAACUGCGCCGAGAUCCUGGACUUUCACGCCAAGCUGCUCAAGGACCUGGAGCUGUUCGCCGAGGAGGACCCGCGACAGGCGUGCCUUCUGUUCGUCAAGCACGAGGAGAGCUUCUGGAUGUACUUUCCCUACUGCAAGAACAAGAAGCGCUCGGACGAACGCCUGGCGCAGUUCGGCGGUACGUUCUUCGAAGACAUCAAGCGACAGCUCGGCCUGCAGUUGUCUCUGGGUGCGUAUCUGUUGACUCCGGUACAGCGUAUACAGCGCUAUCGCAUGCUGCUGGAGAACAUCCUCAAGUACGCGGCGCGCGCCAAGCUGGACAUCGUCGAGGACCUGGAGCAGGCGCUGGCCGUAGUGGCACGCAUCCCGAAACUCGCCGACAUUGCCAUCGACUUCAGCCUGGUCACCAACCUGCCCGCCGAGCUCAACAACAUCGACGAGCGGCAGUUCUCGCUGGCCGCCGACUUUGUGACCUGGGGCGGGAAGUCGCGCUCUCGCAAGGUCUCCAAGGGCAAGGACCUACACGUGUUCCUCCACCGCAACUUCAUCAUCCUCACCAAGAAGAAGGACUCGUCCUCGCACGGACGAGACGAGGGAUUCGUGUACAAGAGCCACAUACUCACGAGCGACAUCGGCGUGGCCGAAGAGCCACCGCCUGAUAAGUCGGACAAGAGCAUCCGUCUGAAGUUCGCCAUACCAAUCGGCAAGUCGUCAUCGAGCGGGGCCAACCAGUUUGUGUUCCAGGCGGCCACGGCCGAACAGAAGAAAGAGUGGAUGCUGGAGGUGGAGCGUCUUCUGCUCGAUCAGCUGUCCGCGGCCAAGAAAAGCCUGCCGCUGCGCGUCACACCUCACACCCAGCCACCGACAUCCAACAGAGGUGGAGUGGUUGGUGAUCCAGGCGAGGCGAGCGCGCAACGCGGCAGCAACGCCACCGUCCGCAGCAGCCAGGGCGAGCAGAUUAGCGAGAUGUUUGGCAACACGCCACGACCGCCGAAUCGCCCGAUCGCCGACAGGCCGGCGUCGUCCAUGCAGCAGCUGCAGCUGCCGGAGUUUCACUUCUACGUCAAGCAGCCUAUCACCGGUAACCCUGACGACGGAGAGCUAACGGUCAUCACUGGGCAGAUUGUUGAAGUUCUCGACGACACCAUCCCUGGCGAUCUUCUGAUGGUACGCCGCUUGAAAACCGACAUUGAAGAGGAGGAGGAAGGCUUCUUGCCUUUGCCUCGCCGUGCUCUUCUCACUCCGCCACCGGUGCCGGAACCAGCAGUCGUCCGGACUCGCUCGCCGGACUACGACGAGAUACCGGAGGCGGCGGAGACGAAAACCACACGUGCAUCGACAUCCCAGCCGCCGGGCAGCCAGCGGUCUUCGACCGUGCCGACGCAUCGGCAAUCACAUCACUCCUCCGUGCCAUCCGCUCGUGAAAGCAGCGUCAGCAGCAGCGUUGGUGGUGGUGGUUCAGUGGUGGAGAGGCGUGAAUCACAGCGGUCCACCGCCGGCAUGCCACCUGCCCGUCCCCCACCGCCCGUAGCAGCCGUUCCACUCGACGACGACAAACUCUACGCCAUCUUGGAUCACCAUGACGACACGUCUGGCCACGUCAGCGUCAAGUUUGGCCAGGAGGCGAGCGUGAUUGAGCACAUGGACGGCUUCUAUCACGUGUGCGUGAAGUGCGACGACGGGAGCUACGAAGAAGGCCUCGUGCCAACUUCGGUACUGGGUACUUACACGCACAUGAUGGAGUUACGUGCGGAUACACAACGAUCCGUUUCGGCCGCUCCCAGUAUCACCAUCGAGCCUAACGCUGUACAGCCACGGUCUAGCGGUAUUCCCAGUGAGCAUCGCAAAUCUACGUCCCUGUCAGCCGCACCUCCAGCGCCGCCUGGUGCGCCACCACCUCCCCCGCCGCCUCCUCCUCCUCCACCACCACCACCACCACCACCACCGAUGUCUCCACCAAUGUCGCCGACGCUGAGAAUCAAAACCCGGCUGGACAAGGACGCCCCACUGUCUCCAUCCGAUGCCGCCGGGGGCCAGAAGCCGGGCACCCCGAAGACACCAAUGUCCCCUUUCGGCGGCGGAGUCGAUUUUCAGUCUGAGCUGGCAAACCGUCUCAAACGGCGUCGCGUCGAGAAAACCGAUGACAACAAUGACGACACGAACAGGCAAGAGAAACCCCCUGCUGUGGUGGAGAUUGUGCCCCCACCUCAGCUGACGUCGGCGCCUGUUGAAAGCGUUCCAAUGUCGUCAUUGGGCGGUGGCGGCUCGCGGCCUGCGAGUGUGCCGGUAUCCUUGCCGUCAUCGUCUCAGCCGUCGAGUCGUGCCGCUUCCCGACCAGCCAGCAGCACGGCUGCUAGUACAGCAGCGGGCACGGCGGGCAGCAGCAGCCAGACACCUUCGACUGCAAGCAGUUCGACGGCGAUCAGUCGUAGAACCAGCUCGCAAGCGUCUCUCGGUAUCCCGUCCGGUGAUCUGCCGCCGCGUUCCAGAAGCCCGGUGUGCAUUCCGGACGACGAACUCGAGGACGAGGCACACGCCGUCCCCUCCCAGGGUGUCGCCGCUGCCUCCGCCCCGGCCCCGAUGCCCGCCGGUCCCCGACCUGCGUCCUACGCGCACCACUCUUCCAGGAAGCCGCCCCCGCCGGUAGCGCCCCGACCCGGCUCGCUCGGCGCCAAGCCCAGCGGUUCUUUCCGACCGUCGCAACACACGACAUCGCUGGACGUGCUCACAGAACAGUCUACUGCCGCAAACGGACUGUCUACAACUCCACGCUCGUCGAUAGCCGAGGAAGUCCGGUCGCUCUCCGACAACAUUAUGGAGGUCAAGCCUCUCGAGGGCUUUGGCGAAGAAGACGUGUACGUGGUGGUGAAGGACUACACGUCAGAAGCCGGUGGGUAUGUGACCGUGCAUCAGGGCCAAUUUGCCACUGUCCUGGACAUGGUGGACGACAUCGCGUUGGUCCGCGUGCACGGCGUGAACGGCGAGGAGCCCGAGGAGGGGUUUCUCCCGCGCCUCGUCCUGGACCGGCCCGGCCCCGGGAUGCAGGCUACCAGUGAGAUGGCGGGGACCGACCCGGAUCCCGAGGUCGAUGACGAAAAGCCCCUGAGCCCCGGCCCAGUGUCCGUGAGCAUGUCGCAUCUGCUCGGUCGCCCCAAAUCUGAUCCGGUCAUCUCCGUACCGCAGCAACCGCAGCAACAGGAGAAACAACAAGCAAAACUCGCAUCGCGGCACUCCGCUCCGCCAGGCACCAUCAAACGCGCCACGACCAAUGUGCUCAAGCGUCGCUCAAAGCUGCAGGAUCGUCUGCGCGCCGCGCUGUACAAGUCUGAAUUCCUGGGGCUGCCCGAGGCCAGGCAGAAACUGGACGACGGAAAACUCGACGAGCUUUCCAAUCCUGGCGAGACGUUCGUGGCGGUCGAGAAGUGGACGGCUGCGGACAGCGGACAGUUGUCGCUCUACAAGGGACAAGUGGUGAACGUCCUGGACCGAGAUGCGGCGGAUUGGUGGCUGGUGCGUGUUGAGGUGAAUGACUCGGCCCAGUUCGUCGAGGGCUGGGUACCGGCCAAUCACCUCGUUCCCAGGGAGUCGGAUACGGAGGGAGAACCCCCCGCAGCAGCCACGACGCCGUCGCAACCAGCGAUGAUGACGCCGGCGAAAUCCAUAGAGCCCGUUGCCGAGGAGACGGAACCCUCCUGGUAUGAGGGCAGCAAAGCGUCGUCGGAGGAGGAGCUCACCGCGGUGAUCGGCGCACGGUACGCCGUGCGCUACGACUUCUCGGCCGACAGCCAGGACGCUCUGCACGUCAAGCAGGGUGAGACCAUCGAGCUGCAGUCGGUCAGCGGUGAAUGGUGGUACGUCUCGCGCCGUGCUGCGGCGGGUGAUGAUGACGCUGCAGAGCAGGGCUGGGUCCCGGCGUCAUACCUCAUCUCCGUGCCAACCGGUGGCGGCGCCGCAAGUCAAACUGAUAGUGGUGGUCGGCAUGGCAACGACGAACCUGACUCGGCACCGGCGUCGGCAGUUGUCGUGGUACCCAGGGCACAAGUGGAGCAUCAUCACUCUUCCGGUGACGGCGAUGUUGAGGACUCGGACGAUGAUGACACCAGUUCGGAGGGCGAAGGCACGGGGGAGAUGGGCGUCAAUCGUCGCAAGAACCUGGCCCAACGUCGCCGCACCGUGUUUGAAGACUCCACCACCACACGACUCAUGGUGGAUGAGCAGGCAAUGGAGCUGGAAGCUGAGAUACGCCAGAAACGUAGCAAAGCGCAGGAGACACAGAGCAAGGCGGGAGAGAGAGGGAAGCGUCACUUUCUCAUUGCCGAGCUGGUCGACACUGAACGUCGCUAUGUGAAUCAACUGCGCUUCACCCUGGACAACUUCCGGCCUAAACUGAAUACUCCAGGGUGUCCAUCUGAGCUUCAUGGCAAGAAGGUGUUUAUCUUUGCAAAUAUGGAGGAGCUGUUUCAGUUCCAUACGAACGAGUUCUUACGAGAGCUAGAGAACUGUGGGGACGAUGGAGAAAAGGUCGGCCGUUGCUUCACAACGUAUGAAGAUUACCUUCAGAUGUACGUCUCCUACUGUCGUAACAAACCCAAGUGUGAUAUGUUGCUAAGCGACGCUGUCAAGCAGUUCUUCAGCGAUGUACCCAGCCCGAACAAGCUGACCAUUGAGGAUUACCUCAUGUGCCCGGUGCAGCGCAUUAGCCGCUAUCAACUCAUGCUCAAAGACCUAGUCAAGGACAUGCAUCGACAUAGCCAGGAGUGUCCCGAUCUGGAGUCAGCAGUGGAGGUGAUGAUGGAGAUUCCACGGCGUGCUGACAAUGCAAUCGCUCUCGACCUUGUUGAUGGGUCAGAGGGCAUGGAGACAAGAUAUGGAGAUUUAUUGCGUCAGGAUGCGUUCAUAGUUUCUGACCAGAGCAGUCGCCGGCAGCGACAGACAGGUUCCGGCGAGCGCCUUCUCUUCUUGUUCCACGACCUGGUCCUGCUGACCAAGAAGCGGCGCGUGGAAGCGGCCGACAUGCCACGCUACGUCAUCAAGCAUCAGAUGAAGAUGGACGAGCUACAGCUGACGCCCGUGGUGGAAAGUGACGCACGCAAGUUUGUGCUCGCCGUCAGAACCAAGUCUACUGCAGUUCAACAGCUGGAACUGCAGGCUAAGAAUAUCACAGUGAAAGCUAUGUGGGUGAAAGAACUGGAACGUUUGCUCACCGAGCAGCUCAUGAAGAUCAAGGAUUCUCAACUCUCGUCCGCUGGGUCGUCAGUUAGCGGGAGUGUGCAAUCGCUAUCGCACAGUGCAAGUUUUGAUGUCGAGUCUUCCUCACCAUCUUCCUUGCAGGCACACAGCGGAGGUCAUGUGACCCGCUCAACGUCCUUGUUUGAACGAGGCUCGGGCAUACGCACCUCGCUCUCGAAGACCAAGGCUGAGAAACCGGCCAAGGAGAAGAGCCAGUCGUUCAAGGAGAAAUCGUUCAAGAAGCUGCAGAGCACGGAGAUCUCUGCGUCUUCGGCAGCCGUGAUUGCUGGCAAUUUGCAGGUCGGUCAGAAGUUUGUCAUCGCAGAGGAUGUAGUGGCAGAGGGUAAAGAUGACGUGCAGUUCAGCGUCGGAGACGUCGUCACUAUUCUCCAGUCGAACAAUAAUGGAGGGGCGUAUGUGGUGGAGCUAGCAGACCAGCCUCACACCGACAUGAGCGCAGAGCCUGCCAGUGCAGGACUGGUGAAGACUAAUCGACUCAGUCGUGGCGCGUCCAAUUCACGAGUUGUUCUAUCCGCCAGCUUCAUCCGCCGACAGAAACCGUUUGAAGCAGUAUCUGUGGGUGGCAGUGGCACAUCAGCGGCCAAAGUACUGAAGGGUCCAAUGGCCACCACGGUUGUCAAUGGCAGCACAGUGGUGUUCAAUUGUGUUGUAGCUGGCUCUCCGACUCCGAACGUCCGCUGGACGUGCACCCGUACCUCCAGCACCAAGGCAACGACAGCGUCACGAUCAUCGUCCUCCUUGUCACUAGCGAGCACUACCACGGCGGCAACGGGCGCUAGCAGCAGCCAGCUACUGGAAACAGGUGGUACCGUCAAGAUCACCACAACUGAAGGAUCUAGCCUGCUGGAGCUGAGUGGUGUUCAGUGCGCUGACAGUGGUAUCUAUACGUGUACCUCGCUUAACGCACACGGCACCGACUCGCGCUCCGCACGACUCACGGUUCAAGACGUGCCUGCACCGCCCACGUAUAUAGCCGUCAAGAAGGUAACGUCCACAAGUCUGGCGCUGGCUUGGAAAUCUCCGGAAUUCAACGGCAACAGUCCUGUCAUGUCCUACAAGGUUCAACUGAUAGAGUGUGGUAAGACGCAGUGGCUGACCGUGCAGCGUGAUGUCAUAGACACGUUCUGCACCAUUCGCGAUUUAUCUCCAGCCAAAAUGUAUCAGGCGAGAGUGAUUGCAGUGAACGCCGUCGGCAACAGUCGUCCGUCUGAGACUUCGGCACAGGUGCGCACGCACACGCGCACCAGCAUGUUUGGCAGCAGCCGUGGCGACAGCAAGCAGACGAUAAGUGUUGACGUCCCCACGACGACGACGAUGGUGGGUGGUGGCAAGGAGGAAAGUGAGCCGCUUACUCCGGUACUCGACCCUAUCGACCUGCACUAUAAGAUCGAAGGUGACCUGGGUCGUGGUCGGUUCGGCGUGGUCAGACGCUGCGUGGAGCGCUCCACCUCACAACGCUACGCCUACAAGCAGAUCCGCGUGGUGGGCGGUCGGCAGAGUCGCGCCGAAGUCUACUCGGAGGCGGAGAUCCUACAGAGCGUUCGGCACGAGCACGUCAUCAGAUACCAUCAGAUGUUCGAGACGCGUCGCAGCAUGAUUCUCAUCUUAGAGCUCGUCGACGGACCAAAUCUCUUGACGUGGAUGUCUGAGAUCGUUGCCAAGGGCGCGUCAGCUGGCGAAUCAUCAUCGUCAAGUGGCAGCGGGACUCGUAGUGGUGGCUCGUCGCGUAGCGUAAGUCGUUCGUCUUCCCUCAAGUCGCAGGGUGGUGGUUCUGGAAGUGGAGCAGCGGUCAGCCCUGGUGGUGGUGCUCAGGGGACUGUUGCGUCGGCGCGCUUCAGCGAGACCGUGCUAGUGCACUGCAUCAAGCAGGUUCUCUCUGCUCUGUCCUACCUUCACUCGCACUCCAUUCUCCAUCUGGACAUCAAACCUGACAACCUACUCACGGUGAGAGGCUCGGCAGAUAGUGCUACGACAACGCCCACCACAACUGCCGUCCCGACACUCGGGAGCGUUUCCGUGCCAACCAUCAAGCUUAUCGACUUUGGGUCGGCACGGCGACAGGAGCCCAAGAAGGAGGUUCGUAUGUGGUCGCGCUCGUCCAGGCAUGAGUUUUCAUCACCGGAGGCCGUCAACUAUGAGCCACUUAACCCAGCGUCAGACAUGUGGAGCGUCGGUGUUGUUACCCAUCUCCUCCUCACCGGCACAUCUCCUUUCCUGCAUGGCGAUUAUGCCGAGAUAACCAGUGCCGUGCAGCGCGGGUUGACUAUCGCCGACGAGACCUUCUCCGGAGUGUCCCAGGACGGCAAGGCCUUCGUGCAGCAGCUGAUGCACCGCAGCGUGAAGAACCGCCUGAGCGCGGAGCAGAGCGCCACGCAUCCAUGGAUUCGGCAUGGUCUGGCCGCGAAAAUACCCGCCGUGUCCACGUCGCAUCAGCAACGGGUUGCUAAGCGACUCGGCGAUUACAUCGUCGAGCGCACGGCCGACUCACAGUACGAGCACCGAACGCUGCGAUCGAUGAGCGCUCUAACCCAGUCCAAUGUCAGCUUGACGUCCAUAUCUUCACUGGAGGAGCAGAACUAUGCCACAGUCGGCAUUCGCCACCCCAAGCCAGGACAACAUCCACAUCAUCAUCGUAGUCUGGUGCAGCAGCACUCCGGCGCGGACAGCAGCUCGUCGUCGCGACCUCACUCCCAGGCGUCGGCGAGCAUGUCGGCGCCGAGGCUGACGUCCGUACCGCUGGACGCCAGCGUGGCGGAGAGCGGAGUAGUGCACUUCCAGUGCGUGGUCACUGCCGUGCCGGAGGCCAUUAUUCGAUGGCAGAAAGACGGCGGCCCUCCGCUGGUGCACUCCGCUGCCGGGAGGCAUGCAGCUGCGGGCCAGGCGACAGUGACCAUACAGAUGCACGGAGAGGUGUAUACGCUACAGCUGAGUAACGUCACAGCAGCGGAUGCUGGUACAUACAUGGUAACAGCCACUAAUCCGGUUGGCAGUGCCAGCGCAAGUGCAAGACUGGUUGUCGGCCAGCAGAAUACAACACCACAAUACCCUACGGCCAAGGCUGUCGGAGAUUUCUCGGCACAGAUCAAGUGGUUACCCCCUCCACCAGCACCUGCACCAGCACCGGUGGCUCAGCCGGGGACGGCGGCGGCACAGCAGCAGUCCUCGCCCUCACGCCCUGUCAUAGCCUACCGUAUCCAGCGGUGCCGCGCCGACCACGAGCUGUGGGAGACGGCCGCGUACGUCGUGUGCCGCACGCCCGACGGCAAGCCCACGCCGAACAUGGCGCUGCUGCUGACGAACAGCGGCGGAGGUGGUGGUAGUGGCGGUGGCCAUAGCAACAACAGGGAGAACAGGGAGGUGAUGACGUGGACGGUGCGCGGACUGCUGCCGCUGGUCAGCUAUCAGUUCCGCGUCAAGCCGCUGUAUCCAGAUCGACCGGGGCAGCCUUCCUCCGUAUCCCAGAUAGUAACCAUACCGGCUGUGGAUGCGUCCUCUCCUACAUCUACCAGUGCUACCAAGACUGGUGCUGGCGGUCGCUAUCCACUCCUGAAGAACCAGUACGACUUGAUUAGUGAAAUUGGCCGUGGUCGUUUCUGCAAAGUCUGGUCUGCUCGUCGCGUUCUAGAUGUAGCAACAGUGCAGAUAGCAGCCACACAGCCCGACACCAUUGCACUGGUGACAAGUACUUCCUCCUCUUCUUCCUCACCGUCCUCAUCGCCAUCAUCGUCCUCAUCCUUACCAUCGUUAUCCUCCGCUCCAGCGAGCAAUGGCGAAGCUAGUGAACACGUCGAGCUUGCGGCAGCUGCAAAGGUGUUUGACGUGAGCGGAUCAGCAUCAUCGCGAAGGCACAUGGAGCGUGAGAUCAACGCCCUCCAGCGCCUCACGUACCCACGCGUGUGUGCACUGCUGGGGGUGUACGAGUCAAAAGGACAAACACUUGUUAUGGUGGAGCUGAUGAAGGGAGGAACACUGCUCAACUACGUUUCACGCCAGGAGGCUUGGCACGAGGACGUGGCCGCGUUCGUCAUACGCCAGGUGUUGGAGGGCUUCCAGUACAUUCACUCCCGUGCCAUAGUGCACACGGCGGUGCAACCCUGCAACAUCGGUGUGGUCGGUGAAGGCAUAGACGAUGUCAAGAUAAUGGACUUCACCAAGGCACUGGAUGUGAGGUCUGGGCCGGCGUUGCCAUGGACACGCAUCAUGGGUCGCCAGGACAACAGCACGGCAAUGACAAUGCAGUAUUGCUCGCCGGAGAUGGUCCGUGGCGCCAUGUUGGGACCGGCAUCUGAUAUGUGGAGCAUUGGAGUUCUUCUCUACUCUCUACUCGGUGCUUGUCUGCCGUUUCCAAUUACCACCAAGGAAGAUGUCCGCGAUCGCGUGGCCGAGGGUUCGUUCCACUUUGAAGCGCAGCACUUCCAGUCCGUGUCGGCGGACGCCCGCGACCUGGUUACUCGACUGCUGUGUGAGAAGGACAAAUACCGCUUAUCCGCCCAGCAGGCUCUGCAACACCAGUGGCUGCGACCAACCUCUGCACAGGCAUGGAGGCGCAAGUCAUCACCGCUCAACCUGAACGCCCUCAAGCAGUUUAACUCGGUGUAUGAAGCAGACCGUGGUGCCAGCACUUCCAGCUCAUCGGCCGCGUCGUCGUCGUCGUUCCUGCUAUCCAAACGCCAGUCAGAGGACAAGCCAUGAGCCAUGUGCUGCUGACGGUGGUGAUGGUGUGAUGGUGGUGAUGCUGCUGCUACUAUGUGCAGAUGUUGACGCGUGUGUAUGUUGCUGAAUGUGAGUGUGUAUACGAGUGUGUGCAUGCAUCGUGUGUGUGUGUGUUUAUGUGUGCCUGUGGACUCCGAAGACGUGUAUAUCUUAUGGGCGUGUGUUGUGCAACAGCACGCGUAUAGCGUAUAUUGUACAGCGUUUUCAACAACAUUGACUGAAUGCCGUGUCACCCACCGCCCUUUCCGCAUUGAAAUGUAUGUAUGCCUUUUAUGGGCUUAUUAUACUUACAUGUGUUGCCUCCAUGCGUCCGUUCCCUUCCAGCUUACAUGUUUGUCUGAAUACUACAUAUAUGGAUGGUAUGCACAAGUAGCACGGGUACCCGUGCUCUGCAUUGAGAUAGCAUAGCAUAGACUUUGUGAGAUGAUGUUUGUUUUCAUGUUCUUCUUCCGUUUAAUAGCAUAGAUGAUAAGCACUGGUACUUGCCGCUACGGCCGCGGUGUUGUUCAUCUCGUCCCGAAGAGCUUUUGAAUUAGCCGCUUGUUUUUUGAAUAGGAUCUAUGCGACGCCGUUGACCUAGGGUUAGCUCUGCACAACGCGGAGAUGACUGCUGCAGCUUUCAAGAAUGUAUUGUCGUUGCAGUCCCCGUACCAGGGGAGUAGUAAAAUACUGGUAUUUUACUACUCCCUGCCCUGUACCAUGUCCCCGACAAAGUUUCCUUCUUCCUUUUUUUCUUUUUUUCUGUUUUUAGAUCAUUACUAUUAUUAUUAUUAUUAUGAUCUUCUCGCCAUUACAUGUGUGCAGAAUACUGACUAAGUAUGAGUUUCCAUGGCGACAGCUUGCCAGUGAGAGCUGGUUCUCUAGGGUCGGGACUCGGGAGAGGAGGUGAAUGAUGCAAUGCAUUGCCAAACUGUCUUGUAUAUGUGUCAUAUUAUUUUGUAAUGCAUGCCGCCUUUCUUGAUGGAGAUAUAAUUGUUUUGCGGUCCGCCUUGUUA